UUUUAUGCGCUUAAAAACAUUACUCUGAGAAGGGAUCCAUAGACUUCAGAAAACUGUCACGACACAAAAAAAGAUCGAGAAUUCUUUCCCAAAUGCAACUGAUUUCAUUAAUGUUUUGUGUUUCUUCGUCUUCAGCGACAAGGAUUCUUCUGGACACUAAGUUGUCCUCUAAAUGACCACUCUGGCUCUCAAAUGUGCACCACAGAAAGGGUGACUUGAAGAGCCCCGGGGAUAGUUCACAUCUUAGCUUCUCCCAGGUACAAUCUGAACCUCGAUUUCUGAGAGUGGCAAUCACAGCACCUUAUUCCCCUAUUUUGUUCAGGUCUCCCUAGAGUUCAGGAGUCACCUGCCCCAGAAGUGAACAGCUACCCCACCCCUUAAUCCCACCACCCUCCUCGCCUUCCAUCCCCGUCCCAGGUGAGCACAGAGCAGCCGUUCCUCCCCGGGUCCUCCCAGUCCGCACCACUGCAAACUGCAGAAAGAAGUGAGCACUGGGAUGAGGAUGCGGGAGCCCAAGGAUGGGGGCGGGGAGGAAGGUAGGCGGGCCCAGGCCUGCGCGCGCCGCCGCCGCCGCCGCGUCACCAGCGUGCCGCACGUGUCCGUGUUUACGUCCCUCGUGGAGCCGGACGACGUCAGCAGCAGAAUGGUAACAUUGUUGCGGUGAUGGUGCUGAGGCGGAGAGUUUAGAGAGACGCCUCCGGCUCUAGCUAGGGUGGGAGGGGGCUGGCCUUGGCGAUCGAGGCUGACAGAGCGAUCCGACCCGACUGAUCCUCGGACUGCAUUCGCUUACAGCCUUUCUCCCCUGCUUGUGAGGCGUCGGGACGUACGUGGGGGCCUCGGUCCCUCUGACGGGAAAGGAGCAGCGAGAAGCAGAGCGGGGGGCGGCGGCGGCGGCCGGAGAGGAGCGAGUUGCCGCAGCGCUGGCGCUUGUAAACAGAUCCCAUCACACGUGACCAUGUGAACUACCUGCUCGGGCGACGUGUAUUGUCUUUCCCGGCGGCCGGAGCCGAGCAACCGCCGCCGCCGCCUCGCGCGCCACAAAGAGCACGGCCGACCCCGGGGCCUCGAGCGCCUGUGCGCGAGACCGAGCGCAAGCGCGAGCCGGUCUCGCUCCUCCAGUCCUCCUCCCGCUCGAAGAUGGCUGAUGGUGGCCGGUGAGAGGGGCGGCCGGGGCCGGUGAGUUUUUCGGAGCAGGGCGGGGGAGGGGAGAAGGGAGCAGCCGGGGGCUCCGGCUCCGCCGCGCCGAGGGGGAGACCCAGCCAUGUCGUUCGCGCUGGAGGAGACGCUGGAGUCGGACUGGGUGGCCGUUCGGCCGCACGUCUUCGAGGAGCGGGAGAAGCACAAGUUCGUCUUCAUCGUGGCCUGGAACGAGAUCGAGGGCAAGUUUGCCAUAACCUGUCACAAUCGCACGGCCCAGAGGCAGAGGAGCGGCUCCCGGGAGCCGGCGGCCGCCUUAGGGGCCACCGAGGCCGGGCCCCCGCCGGACAGCCCGGGCCCCCGGAGCGCCGGCAACAGCCCGGUCUCGCGAGGCCGUGGGGAGCCGGCCGCCGGCCGGAGGAGCCCCAGCCUGCGCCGGAGCCCGGCCUGGGCGGAGGGCGGCGCGGCGCGGAGCGCGCACCCGCGGGGGGACGCCUCGCUCCGAGGGCCCGCGGCCAAAGCGGGGGACCCGGCGCGGGCCCAGGCCAGCCCGGGCAGGAAAGCUCCGGGGAAGCGGGAGCCGGUCCCGGCGGAAGCGGCCGGCCCGUCGUCGGUGCGGGUGGUGAGCACGGCCGGCGCGGCCGCUGAAGAGAUCGAGGUGCUGGAGCUGGUGAAGGAGGACGAGGCGGCGCCGACGCUCCUGGAGCUGCCCGAGGCGCCCGAGCCGCCCGCCGAGCUGGACUCGCCCCCCGAGGAGUGCAGCUGGGCCGGGCUCUUUUCCUUCCAGGACCUGCGCGCAGUGCACCAGCAGCUGUGCUCCGUGAACUCGCAGCUGGAGCCCUGCCUGCCCCUUUUCCCCGAAGAGCCCUCGGGCAUGUGGACCGUGCUGUUUGGGGGAGCCCCGGAGAUGUCCGAGCAGGAGGUGGACAGCCUCUGCUACCAGCUCCAGGUCUACCUGGGCCACGCUCUGGACACCUGCGGCUGGAAAAUCCUCUCCCAGGUUCUUUUCACCGAGACGGACGACCCGGAGGAGUAUUACGAGAGCCUCAGCGAGCUGCGGCAGAAGGGCUACGAGGAGGUGCUGCAGCGGGCCCGGAGGCGCAUCCAGGAGUUAUUAGAAAAACAUAAGAACACAGAGAGUAUGGUGGAGCUUCUUGACCUAUAUCAGAUGGAGGAUGAAGCCUAUAGCAGUCUUGCAGAAGCCACAACUGAAUUAUACCAGUACUUAUUACAACCAUUUCGAGAUAUGCGGGAACUUGCAAUGCUGAGAAGACAACAAAUAAAGAUUUCAAUGGAGAAUGAUUAUCUGGGGCCCCGUAGAAUUGAAAGUCUCCAAAAAGAAGAUGCCGAUUGGCAACGCAAAGCCCACAUGGCUGUGUUGUCUAUUCAAGAUCUCACUGUCAAGUAUUUUGAAAUAACAGCUAAGGCUCAGAAAGCUGUGUAUGAUAGAAUGCGAGCAGAUCAGAAAAAAUUUGGUAAAGCAUCAUGGGCAGCAGCAGCUGAAAGGAUGGAAAAACUUCAAUAUGCAGUUUCAAAGGAAACUCUACAGAUGAUGAGAGCUAAAGAAAUCUGUUUGGAACAGAAGAAACAUGCAUUAAAAGAAGAGAUGCAGAGCUUACAAGGUGGUACAGAAGCCAUUGCCCUUUUGGAUCAGUUAGAAGCAGAUUAUUAUGAUCUGCAACUUCAGUUGUAUGAAGUACAGUUUGAGAUCUUGAAGUGUGAGGAGUUACUGCUAACAGCUCAACUUGAAAGCAUCAAGAGACUUGUGUCAGAAAAGAGAGAUGAAGUAGUAUAUUAUGACACUUACGAAAGUAUGGAGGCAAUGCUUGAAAAGGAAGAGAUGGCUGCAUCUCUACAUCUACAGAGGGAAGAGUUGCAGAAACUUCAACAGAAAGCUCGGCAAUUGGAAGCAAGGCGUGGGCGCGUUUCAGCCAAGAAAGCCUACCUCAGGAACAAAAAGGAAAUCUGUAUUGCAAAGCACAGUGAAAAAUUCCAGCAACGCCUUCGCAGUGAAGAUGAAUACAGGACACAUCAUUCAGUACAACUAAAGAGAGAAAAGUUACAAGAUGAAGAAGAAAGGAAAAGUACCUGGGUUAGCCAAGAAAGACAGAAGACACUAGACAGACUUCGCACAUUUAAGCAGCGGUAUCCCGGACAAGUCAUACUUAAGUCAACACGACUUCGACUAGCUCAUGCAAAGAGAAAAAGUGUUGCAAGCCCAGUGUCCAGUGUAGAUCAGCCUCAGUCCCUACCAGUAACCCUAAGGACAGAAGAGAAAACUGAAGAGGAGGAACAAGGAAAAGAGGUGCUUCAGUCUUUGCAAACCAAGGAACCCCAGAGACUGGCACAGCUUGAAGAGCCUUCAUUAACACAACUUGAAGCCGCUUCAUUACCUCCCAGUGGUGUUACCUCUGAACUGCCUCAUGUUACACCUCUUCCACUUCUUACUGAUAAUGACCUGACACCAGGUACUGUUACUGUUGUCCCACUCCCACCACCUCUUCCUCCAACUCCUCCUCCACCGCCCCCACCACCACCACCACCACCACCACCCCCUCUACCUACUACUAAGGAUGGUCCCACAGAGUCUCUGGAGAAAGGCCUUUCUAAAGUGGAGGGUGAAGAGAAGAGAAUCCCUAAGUCUGCCAGUGCCCCCUCAGCACAUUUCUUUGACAGCAGUCAGCUGGUCAGUGCCAGGAAGAAGCUUAAAAAAACUGCUGAAGGUUUACAACGGAGAAGAGUGAGUUCACCAAUGGAUGAGGUACUGGCUUCCUUGAAACGUGGUAGUUUUCAUCUGAAAAAGGUUGAACAACGAACUCUGCCUCCUUUUCCUGAUGAAGAUGAUAGUAAUAACAUCUUGGCACAGAUAAGGAAGGGGGUGAAACUGAAGAAGGUACAGAAGGAAGUUUUGAGAGAGUCCUUCACGCUUUUGCCUGAUACAGACCCACUAACACGUAGCAUUCAUGAAGCACUUCGAAGAAUUAAGGAAGCAUCACCAGAAUCUGAGGAUGAAGAAGAGAGUUUGCCUUGCACAGAUUGGGAAAACUAACAUGUAAAUGGUGACUUAACAGCCACUGAGGAAAAAUAAUGCCCACAGUUGAAGAAUUAUCUUCCUACUCCUUUGGGGAAAAUUUGUAAGCAGUUUGAUUCUGCAGUCUAAACUGCAUUAGUUCAGUGUGUGAAAAGGGAAGUCAUUUUAUAGAUCAUCUUCAUGAUUCUAUCCAUUCCAGUACAUAGAGGUUAAACAAAGUGAAUUUUAGAUGUGCAAUGUAUGUAAUCAUAAUGAAGAGAAUGUCUCUAGGAUACCCUCCCAGUUCUUUUAAAAGCACUUUUUCCAUUUACAUCAAUGGAGUGGCCAGUUAAUGUUAGAAGAAUGCUGUUGCAUUGACGAACAUCUACUGUGAGUUAUAUCAGGACUGCUAUGAAAUCUGCCCUUUAGUGCACUGAGAAAUCAUCUGCUUGAAAAACAGCUUCUUCCACAUCAGUUUAUUCUACAAACAGUUGAACAUCUUCUAAAAAAAAAAUAAAAUCCUAGUUACCCUAGUAGUUUAUGUGACAAGAAUUGUAAGAAAUUCAGAUGGAAAAUAAUCCCAAACUUCCAUAAUUGUUCAUCUCCAAAAGAAUUUACAUAAAGAUGUUAAGUAACAUCUGAACAGAACUGUAGAGUAAUCAUGGAGAUACAUAUAUUAAUAUUUAUUUGCAAUGACAUGAUACACUUAACACGGCACAGUUUUAGAAAGCCACACAGUCUUAUACUUUGUAUGUUUUUUGAAGUAAAACUUUCCAUGCGCUUUUAAAUAGCUCUUCAUAAUUCUGAGUUUAUACUAGUUUGAACUUUAUGUGCAACUUUGUUAUGAGAAGCAAUACUUUGUAAUUUGAUAGUACUUAAAUUCUUUUUAGUUUUUCUGUUUGAACUGUUACUUGAUUAAUGUAACUCAUGAAAUUUCUAUUUGGAAUCACGUAUGAAGAUUACAUAAUGGGGAUCCAGUGCUUUAAUCUGUGUACUAUGUAAAUUUUGGUGUGCUCCACGGUUUAAAAACAAAGUGUGCUCCACAGUGACUUCUAUCAAAAAAAUAGACAUUAUAACCUCUUCAAUUGACAAUUCACUACUUUUGAGCCCUCAAAGUAAAAUUUUGAUGAGUACUCUUCUGCAUCGGCACAAUGAAAAACAAUUCACAACUGAAGACUAGUAGUUUAUAGGCAAUUUAUUUUUUUUUCCCAUACCAGGAUACUAAAGAUUAAUCUCUUCACAGUUGUGAAUAGUUAAGUAGCUCAAUUAGACUAAACGCAAAUUUGCCCAGUCUGCUGAAACUAGUAAGAACACUUGAGUAGAUUCUUACUCUUGAGUAAGCGAGAUCUAUCUUGGACUCUGUACAAAAAAAGUUAACUAUUGCAGUAACAAGGGACCUCACAAUACCCAGUCCUGUAAGACCUUUAGAACAGUGUUAUAGUAAAGUCCCAGUGUAUGUGGACUGCUACUCAUGUGUUAAGGAAUGAAAAAAUGUAGUAAUGCCAUACUACCUUUCAGCCCCAUUUCUUUUAAAACAAUUGGGGGUUGGGGAGACCCAGCAAGAUACCCUGGCAAAGGUCAUAAGUCUUAGGCUAUUCAGAUGUCUUGGCUUUUUAAAAAAAAAAUAACUUGUCCAUUCAGAUAUUGAUAUUGCCAAGUAUUGUUUGUUGAAGAGUUUAAAGAAAUAUUUGCAAAGUGCUUGUGAGCAGCUUUUUUCCAAAGUGGCAUUCUUUUUAUUCAGGCAACAUUUUACAGAUUCAUAUGUUAUCUAGGCAGAUUAGUAAUACAAAUUUAAUAUAGGAAAUUUAGUUAUCCUAGAGUCUUUAAACAAGAAAAGUAUUGUACAACAAUGAAACAAAACUUGCUUUUUAAUUUAAAAAAAAGGUUUGGGUUUAGUGAUACUGUUUUUGCUUUUAAAAUUAGCAGCUUUGUAAGCAAUUACAUACAUGAAAAGAACAAAGAACUCCUAUUUCAGCUAUAUCUUUGGAUACAAGUUUUCCCACUCUACAAUUUCGUAUCCUGUUUUCUUAAUAAGAGAACCAAUAAGAGAGACCCUUUUUUAAAUUAAUAGCAAUAUGUACUUGGAACCUCAUUGUGGGGUUAUUGACUUAAGGAAGAUCUGUCUUCUACCACUUUCAGGUACCAAAAGCACUUCAUUAUAAGGCAGUCUUAAUUAAAAGAGUUUCCAUUGCCAUUACCCAAGUGACAGUGUCACAGCAAGGCUACAUUGCUUAUGUCAAGUUGAUGUCCAAUGGCAAGAUGAUUGAUUCCACCAACUAUUAAUAUAAUUUAUAGGGUUUUUUUUAACAUGAGAUUUCAAAUCCCAACAAAGUUAAACAAGAUUAUAUUCUUUCCUUACUCAAUACUCAUCCACCAUUAAAACAUAGGCUGAUGUACUGGCCUUCUACAUAUAUUGUAGCUAUAUUUAUAGAAGUGAUAAGAGCUACUUGUCUUAUUGAAAAAGUUGUCUGGUUUACUUCCCUCCAAUUAAACUUGCAGUUCAAACAAUUUUUAUUACUGUUAAUUUAUCAUGUUUCCAUAAUGAGAAUUAAAUGUUAAUAUACAGUUCCAGUCCAAGCUGCCAGGUGUUUAAGUAGGAAAGCAAAUGUGUAUUGACUUUGGGGUGGUAAGAGAGUAACCUUACAGAUCCCUGAGUCAGUUUCACAUGUUUCUCCUAUUAAUAGAAAUGAACUUGUAUAUAGAGCUGUGUACAGUAUAUAGAAAAAGUAUUCCAAUGCUGCAAAAUCUUGGUGGUACUGUCACAGUAUGGGGAAAUGCCUGGCUUAGGAGGCUUUACAAAGAUUGUUAUCUUGUUUGUUUGACAUGUCUUUGCAGACUUAAUGAGCAUGUGAGUAGUAUAAAAAUAAUUCCAAGUUCCAUCCCCUAAACCUUUGGAGCAGAAAUGGUUUUAUAAAGUGCAUUUUGAAAAGAGACUCAGUCCAGCGAUAAUACACUACACAAUAUAUUCUUUUGUAACUUUCUAUUACAUGAAAUUAUAACCAUUUAUUCUGCUUUUAUGUAACAGAAAGCCUCUACUUGUUUAUUACAAGCUGAGUGAGAUGUGUAAUGAUAGUAGAUAAUCUAGGGGUAGGAUAUGUGAGGCCAUUUUCCAUAAAAUACAGUCUAAGACAUGAGGAGCAUACUGCUGCCAUCACAAAUGCUAAGACUUCAUAGUCAUAAGUGAAAGAAAAGUAAGCCAAAAUGGAAGGACAACAUCUGUGAUUUGGAAUUGAAAAUCUACAAAAGUUUUUAUACAUAUCCAUAAAAAUAUAUUUUAAAAUCAUUUUAUUCAUCUGUUGUGUUUACAUAAGAUGAAGGUAGCUUUUUUAGCUUAGGGGAAAAGUUUUCUGGUUUUGAUUUUUUUUUAUAAAACACAAAACCCUGUUUUAAAGUUUUCUAAUCUUAACACACAUGCUUAACAUCAGCUAUUUACUUGUAAAGAACUCUUGUGUCCUUAGAGGCAAUAUCAGGGAUUUGGGGUUUCAUAUACUUUACGUGGCUCUUUAUAAAGAGCUAUUUUGCCUUUAACAUCUUUUUCAUUUAGUAAAAUAUUUCAGAACUCUGGCAGGUGCAUUAUUGAAAUGCAACCAAUUGAUAAGAGAAACUGUAAGCUUAAUUGUUGUUAACCUUUGUUUUCUUUGUUGCACUGAAUUAAGAUUGUUAUUUAUAAGGCUCUAUAUUCAUUUUAAACAGAUUUCAUUUUCUUUUUUUAAUAAUUUUAUUCUGUUAAAUUCCCAAAAGCAUGAAAGAAAAAACUGUUAUACAUAGCAUUAGAAAAUUGAUAUAAUACAAAGCAGUGAGGGUUAUUUCAGAAAGAAGAGGUAAAAGUGGAAGCACUUUUCUGUUGGAGCACAUUGCAUUCAUUUAGAACUACUGACAGAUACGGUAGUUACAUUUUUAACUCGAUUGCAAAAUGCUCUCUAGCUAAAAGCACACUGACCAAUGUCACUGCUAAUUAGUUGCUCUAUAAAAGUAAGCAGUGGAUAUUUUCUAGCCUAUAAAUAUAGUAUAAUUUAAGAAGUUUUCCUACAAAAUGAGUUUAUAUUGCUGCCUAAACUGUCACGUAUGUAAGCAUUUAGAGGUUUUUAAAGGUGGGAGGGAGAUGCCCGUAUACUUUCUGGAUUGAUUUUUAUACAUGUUUGUGUAUGUGUCGUGUGUAUGUAUGCACGUUUGUGUGCAUGCAUAUAUAUAUGUCUGUGUACAUAUGUAUGUAAAUGUUUAUCUUGUCUAUUGAGUUAUUUUUAAAGAUCUGUUCAUUCCAGAUUCCUAAAUUUGGCCCACAAUGUUUACACCUUGGCACUUGUAGAACUUAAUUUGAUUCCAGUAUAACGAAACAAAUCCUUUAUCACUGGCCUUUGAGGAAUUCCAAAUUCACUGAUGAAAUGUUCUUCUCUCCCCCUUCCAUCCCCCCACCCCUGACUCCUUUACAGUGCUACUGAAGUGUGGAUAUACAGAAAAUACCUCUGAUGUUGACAGUGAGCAACUUUUACCAAAUUUGUGGUUCCACUGCAUGUACAGUAGAUUUUUUUAGGGGGGAAAGGGGGAAAGUGAGGCAGUAGUGAUUCUAAAAAAUGUCAUGUAUACACAUAUAAUAAUUUGUUCAGAAGGUAUGAUCCUGAACACACAAAACAAAGGGUUUAAGUUACUUUUUUUUGAAGACCUGCAUGUUAUUGUUAAAGGGUACAACUGCUAUUCUAACUUCUCACAAGAUCUUCUCAUUUUAAGAAAUCGCUUUAAUCAUGAAGUGAUAAAACCCCCACCUAUGAAGCAAGAAGGAUAGACAAUUUGACCCAUACAAUGACUUCUUUACCUUUGAGUGUAUCUCCACAGCCUCAUUGUACUGUAUGUCUUGCCAAGUGUGAAACCACAAUAUUCAGUUUAUGAAGAAUAGAAAGCUACAGAUCAUCUUGCAUGAGUGCAGCUCAUUAGGGUUAAUUAAAUUGACAUUUUUCAGCCUGUUCUGGAUACAUGAAAAUUCUAAUGGCAAACUGAUCCACCCUUCACUAGCUUUGUGCAAUAUUGUAAAAGUAGAAAAAAAAACAACACUAGCACAUUGUGCUUGGCUUUAAGAAGUUCUUUUAACAGUUGCAUUUGAGUGGACAUUUUAAAUGCACAUUGUAUUGUAUUUGCAAUACUAAGUAAUAUUCAACGUUCUAAAGUAUUAAGUAACAAAAUGUAAAGAAAAAAACUAAGCAAGCAUUUAGAGCAAUACUAUGAAAUCUCCAAUAAUUGUUUUGACUGUUGCCUUUUUCUUUUUCUUUAGUGCAACUUUUCUGCAAUGUCAUUAUCGUAUUGCUUUUUAUUUCAUGUUUUUUACACUCAUGACUUCAAAGUUAAACUAUUCUACACCAAGUACUGCAAUCACUUUUCUCUUCUUGUACAUGCAAUGUAACAACAUACAGUUUUGGUGCUUAACAAUAUUCCUUUUUUUUCUUUAAUAAAGGAUAUUUAUUUGAAUUA